GCUUAUUAAAGGUCACAUCAAACCUGAUCGCAUAGUGGCGAGAUACAAGAGAAGGAACCACGAGAUGAUUGUGGAGAGAGUGAGACUCUGACACGAUGUCUUAUCACAGCAAACAGUUAAUGGAGCAUAUUCCUUAUGUCCCUCCGCUGGCUCUGCACGGCAUCUCCGUGAACGACAACGACAGCGGGGCGCACUGUAAAGAUGCGCUUCGACUCGGACUGCCUUUGCAUCUGGACGCUACAUACCUGGACCCGGUGCACGGCCAGAUGUCGCCCUACAGACGGAUAACAUAUUUCCCCUAUCACGGACACUUCGGCGUAUGCGAUUAUUCCUUCGAGCCUGCGUUUAUCCGGAAAAGGAACGAAAGGGAGAGACACCGGGUGCGCUGCGUAAACGAGGGUUACGCACGGCUCCGGGAGCAUCUGCCCGAGGAAUUUGAGGACAAGCGGCUCAGCAAAGUGGAGACACUGCGGGCAGCCAUUGACUACAUCAAACACCUGCAGAGCCUACUGGAUAUUAACGUGUCCGGCAUGGAGAUGCCGUUUGGAGACGCGCGCAACCGUGCGCCUUUGCCGCUGCAGAGGAUGGAGCGCAAGAGUGAUGGAGAAUCCAAAAGUGGACUCAGCUUCAGCAGGGACGUGGUAUAGAUGUUGCUUCUCUAUGACAUGCUGAUUACUAAUCACACAGCACUUCAGUGUGAUUUAGAGGAAAUAAUGGGAAAAACGUUGAUUAAGUUGUAACGUGACAAAAUGAACAAUCUGCUGCCUUAAACUCAACUAGAACAUACAAUUUUAACGAGGUUUAACUUUUGAUAAAUGUAAAUGUGUCAUUUCUUGUCAGGCAAAUAUACAUUUCCAAAGUAAAUGGUGAUUUUAAGAAGAUAAU